UGUUUCGUAGCAUUUCGUAUUUCGUAGCGGAUGAAAUGUUACAAUCUUGUGAAUGUUUAUCCAGUUUUUUCUUAUUCCAUUGCUAAAAUAAAUAUCCGCGUUAGUGUAUUAUAUCAUUUAUAAAUACGUUAGAUUCAACUUUAUUACGAAUAAAUAUGCUAAAAAAUAUUGUUAUCAGAUGUAUUGUAACCAUGUGUUCGAAUUAUAAAAUCACAGCGGAAAAUAAAACGUAUUUGCCCAUUCUGUAAAACUGAGGAAAUAAUAGAAUUGUCACAAUAUGCUUUUUUUAAUGAUGUUGAAUAUCGUGGCGUCAUUAAAAAAAUAAGAAUAGAAAUUGAAUAUUAAUCUAAAAGAGAUCUGCUGUGACCAGAAUCAUAAAAUACUAAUCUGUAGUAAAUUAAAUAAUAUUUACUAUAUAAACAUUUGCAUAUUGCAAUAGAAAAAGAUAGCUUCAAAAUGGCACCCGUACCUUUAGAAGGUCAUCAGACUCCUGUUACAAAUAAUAUACCUCAAGAGGGUAAUCGUGGAGGAUCUAUCUCUUUAGGCAUGCUCAUAGAUUUUAUAAUACAACGAACAUAUCAUGAACUUACUGUGCUUGCUGAACUAUUACCUCGUAAAACAGAUAUGGAACGCAAAAUCGAAAUUUAUAAUUUUUCUGCUCGAACGAGACAAUUGUAUGUUCGCUUAUUAGCAUUAGUAAAAUGGGCAAAUAGUGCAUCUAAAGUGGAUAAAUCUACACAUAUUAUGGCAUUUUUGGAUAAACAAUCAUUGCUCUUUGUUGAUACUGCGGAUAUGCUGGCAAGAAUGGCUCGUGAAACUUUAGUGCAUGCUAGACUUCCAAAUUUUCAUAUCCCUGCAGCUGUAGAAGUACUUACUACUGGCACCUAUGGUAGAUUACCAGCUUGUAUUAGAGAAAGAAUAGUGCCUCCAGAUCCCAUUACACCUGCAGAAAAAAGAAGCACAUUGCAAAGAUUGAAUCAAGUCAUUCAACAUAGAUUAGUCACUGGAAAUUUAUUGCCGCAGAUGCGUAAUUUAAAGAUUGAAGCAGGAAGAGUGACAUUUCUUGUAGAGCAAGAGUUUUCAGUAUCUCUUACAGUUAUGAGUGAUGGACCAACAGUCCCAUGGAGAUUGUUAGAACUGGAGAUUUUGGUUUCGGAUAGAGAAACUGGAGAUGGAAAAGCAUUAGUGCAUCCCUUGCAAACUCGAUACGUACAUCAGGUUAUUCAAUCACGAUUGGCUGAAAGUACUAAUCCAUUGUCAGAAGUGUAUUUUGUUUUGCAUUAUUUUUGCCAAUCAUUACAACUAGAAGUAUUAUUUUCUCAAACAUUAAGGUUGAUUCAGGAUAGAUUAGAUGAUCAUAUUCAUGUAGAUGAAUAUAUACCUGGCAAAUGUCUCUCUGUAUCUUAUUGGAGGGAAUUAACAAGUAAGGAUCCACGAUCAGAGCUUGGAUACAAAUUGACCAUUCAAGUAGAUCAACAUGAUCCUGCAAGACCUCUUGCAGUUGUACAUAUUCCGUCAUUGGGUAGUAAGGAAAGCGAAAUAGCACAUAGAGCUAUUAGAUCGGAUCAGUUAUCAAUGGAAUGUUUACUCGUACAUACGAUUUAUAUUCGGACGCGAAGUCGUCUAUCCGAACUGAAACAAGAAUUACAAACAAUGUUAAAGGACGUUGAAUGUACUUUAGCGGGAUCUCCAGCUAUUUUGUCAGUACCGAUAUUACAGCCGUGCUUACGUGCUGAGCUUCUAUUAAUUACAGUUGAUACUCAUACUGGUAUGCUACAGUGUCAUGUCCCCCAAUAUGAUGCGCCUCUUGUACCAGAGUUGACAGCGGCUCUAAAUGGGGAUCAUUCACGUCUUCCGACACUUAUAUCUGAAUUGAGAUUUUGGAUAACACAAAGGCGUUGCGAAAAAACAUUGCAGCAUCUAGCUGCUACCCCUCAUGAACGUUUACCUGUCUUACAUCAUCCGGAUCACCCUAUGUCUAAGAUUAGUAGACAUCGCAUGUUUAUACAAUUGCAUAGACAUCCCAAUGUUAUACUGAUUGUUGCAUUUAAAGAAAAAGAAAACUCACCAUGUGAAAUAGAAUGUUCCUUUUAUCUCGCUGUAGUGAAGCAUAGUUCUAUUGAAGAUGAUCCACACGAUGAUAGUAUAGAAACGGAAAUACCGAAAAUGUAUUUAAAAGUCCAGAGUCUUAUUGAGUUUGACACUUUUGUCAUUACACAUGGCCCAUUUACAAGCGUCGACAGUGGGAAUAAUGAUCAAGAUGGGGGGUGCAUUACAGAAGUGGUGGAGACGACGACGACCAACAAACGUAGAAGCACUGGGGUCGGAGGAAGGACAGACGCGGUGGGAACAUCACAGAAUAGAAGAGCAAAACAUCCGGCUUACUUCAUUCCGGAAUUGGCGCAUGUUGUCGCACUGUGCGACGAGCGGAUACCAUUCGUGACUCUAGCUCAAGAACUUACCAGACGAGAGAUAGCCCAUCAAGGGCUACAGGUUGAAGCAAAUGCCACAGCAUUGGUACUUAAACUUGUUCAAUUACCUGCGCCAUCGCUGUCUAUCGCUUCAAGCAGUGCUUGGCACGCUCUUCUUAAAAGGCUACUGAGCGUUUCGAUUAGAGUUCAAGGCAAAGGCAUGGCUAAAACUUGGAUGGUAGAAUUUGUAUUUUUUGGUAGUCCUCUCUCCAGUAAUCAUCCCAAAGAACAAGGUGUGCGAAGACCAGUUUAUUUUCAGUAUGAAAUGGGAACAGCCGAUACCGUCUCCCGCACUGUAGAUGCCUUAUUAAAUGACUGGGCACAAAUAGUACAUUUGUAUUCACUUGUCCAUGAUUUAGCUGAAUAUUUCAAAAUGGAGAAGUACAAUUUACGCAACAUGGUUAGCAUUAAGUCUUACAGUUAUAGCAAGCUAGUUCUUGCAUAUGGUCCAAAUCAUGCUGCAAUUGUAACUGUACAAUGGAAUGAUAAAGCAAAUUUUAAACUGGUAUUUGGUAGAAGUCCAACCAAUACAGUGACUAAUGCGCAUUCUGUAAUGAAGGAACAGCUAGAAGCCCAUUUAAAUAGAAACAAGAAUUUGGCACAGAUUAUUCAUAUACUUAACGAAACGCUUCAGCCUCUUACGUCGAUCAGUAAAUUACCGACAAUCCCUCAGUUAUGCGUGCAUGCGGUAAGUGCACGCGCGUAUCUGCCUUUUUUUGGUUCAGACUUACGGAUAAAUUCCUCUCUACAGAGACCACGAGUGCCAGUACAAACGUUUACUAUAAUGCCACAAUGUGUCAGUUUAGUAAAGAUAGCGUAUCAAGGCAUGUAUUGUUUGGAAUUGCGUUUGCGCGGUGGAGGUUUGGUGAGUUUACGUGAUGGUGCUUAUAGUCAUUUUGACAAAAGUAACGUCGUCGACGAGUUUACACCCACGCAAGGUUUAAAGGCAUUUCUAUCGAAAUAUGUCGAUGAAAACGCGGUAUUUAGAAGAAGAUCUCAAUCAGAGGACGAUAAUCCACCGUCCCCCGUCACUAUGGAUAGCGAUGGUGGAGGCAACGUAGGAAGCUUUUUAGGACAUCACAGGAGCGGACCGCAAUCGCCCGCGCAACAGCGUGAGGGUUUAAGAUUUCAUCCGCCGCUGACACCACCAUCCGGCAGUAAUCCUCACACACCGGCCAGUCCUCAUACCACAAAUAUAUCCCAGGCCAGUCAACAUCAAAGUUUUGGAAGCAGUCCCGCAACAUCGUUUAAUUUAGCGUCCCCGCCAUCAUUACCACCGAAUACACCUAACAUGUUACCGCAUCCGUCUCCCGGAUCAGGACUCGUUGCAAACAGUCCUCUAAAUCCGAUGCACGUUCCUAGUCCGGCUGGUCUCAUGCCAACGUCAUCGCCAGGACCUUGUAGUAAUGUUCAAGUAGGACAUUCUCCCGCUGGUUCAUUUAUGCAAACAGGUCAUAUCGACGGUAGUCCUUUCCCGUCUUCUCAAAGUAUGGCUUCACCGGCUGCUUCCAAUUGGCCUGGAUCUCCGAGCGUACCGAGACCAUCCCCCGCGAGACCUGGACAAAGUCCGAGUCACGUGGCAUUGCAUAGCCCACAAGCUUCCGAUCACAAGACCGGUAGUCAUAUGUCCAGAGUAUUACCGCCAAGAUCUUGGGCUGGUGCCGUACCGACGCUUCUCACACACGAAGCACUAGAAUCGCUUUGUUGCGCCUCACCCCAUCCGUCCGGCUUACCUGGUCCAGAUAUGUCACCGCUCGAAAGAUUUUUGGGUUGCGUCUACAUGAGAAGACAAUUGCAACGCUUUAUCCAGACAGAUGAUUGCGUAACUGGUAUUAAUAGCACUGAACCAGGCGUAGUACACUUUAAAGUCGAAAGCUUACAAUGUAGGGUUGGAUUAAAUCCGCAAUAUUUUCAAUCUCUUCAUAUUAAAGUGCAACCACUUCCAGAGUACAAAGAUCAGUGGAAUCUGGAAGAGUUACAAAUUAUAGAAAAAUUCUUUGAUACACGAGUCGCUGCCCCGCCUUAUAAACAUAACACAUUAUCUGGCUUCGGAAGGAUGCUUAAUAUACGAUUCAAAGUAUUGAAAGAUUUCGUGCAAAUAAUGAAGUUAGAGCUGGUUCCUGGUCUUGUACAGCAACAGCAAUUAAAAUGGUCUGUGCAACUGUGCUUGCGUAUUCCACCUUCUACUGGACAGAUAGUGCCUCCGGGAUCAGAGGGAGUACAUGUUUGCAGGAGCAAGAUUUUAUUCUUUUUGCAACUUACGAGAAUAGGUAUGUCGUAUCCAGGAGAAACGUCUUUCGUACUACCAUUUGUAUACGACGUCACCACGAAUUUAACGCAACUAGCUGAAAGAAGAGAUCUUAGUCCGGCGAUUACAGCAGCGUCCAUGCAGCUAAAGAGAUUCGCCGAGUAUGGCGCGAAUCAAUCGGAAUGUUCGCUGUUCCCUGCUGUAAGGGAUCUUUUAGCUAAUUUCACGCUGCCAUCGGAACCGCCGGGUAUAUCACAGGUUGUGGCAUCUCCCGCCGGAAAUCAGGUACCUCCCACACAGCAGAUUCAGAACGCAGCGAUGCAAAUGCAUUCACCUAUGGCUGGCGGUCAAGGACCACCGCAGGGACCAUACGGAAUCCAAAGUAUGCAGAUGGGCAUGAUGGGCGGCCCGCCUCAAUAGGACUUGCUUUACUCUCCUAAUCCCCUUUGUCUGCCGAAUCAUCCGACGUGGACGAAUUAGGAAUGUAAACUUCGAUCCUAAUAGACGCGCGCGUUUCCAUCACGAGCAGAUUUACAUUUUAUGGGGAAGAUUUUAGGAGAGAGAGAUGACUCUAUACGUUUGCCACAUUCAAUCUGAGAAAGAUAGAGACAAAUAGUUAAUAAAAAGAGACUCAUUGAGCUCUGUUCUAUAGAUAAUCUGACAUUUCUGAGAUCGCUACUGCAGAUACACAUUGCAUAUCUUAUCAUCGCAGCUAACAGUCGACUAUGUAUAUACAUUAUUUGUGACAAGUAUGAAACACUAAAAAGAAUGUAUAAAUUGUAUUAUAUGAGUAGUAUUAGUUGUAUGAGUUGUAUUAGUAUAUAACUAAGGAAAUUUGAUGGAGAAUUAUUUGCCAUCGAAAAUUUCUUUCUGCUUGACAUUAACUGGUGUUCUUCAUUAAAAAUUAUCUGUACGUAAGUAGAAAGUACAAAUCUAUUACUGAGAUAAGUAUCUUUGUAACAUAUAAAUAGUCUGAUAUAUCAAUAUGAAUACAAAAGAGCGAAAUUUACAACAUUGUUGCACAAUAAAAACAUUUGCAAAGAUAUAAAUGUAAAAAUGUUCACAAAUGUAUGUUCAUUAGAUGUAUGAAGAAAAAAACAUAUUAUAUGCCUUUCAAAUAUAAUAUUUGUGAACACAAUUCUAUUUUUUUAAUGAAUAUGUUUAAUAUUAUUUUACAAAUAAAUGUGCAAAAAUCUAAAUAUUUAUACAAAAGAUAUGAAAUCUAUUCUCAAAUGUAUAACCUUAUACUUGCUCAUUUAUCUGCUUUAUAGUACAUGGAUUUAACAAAGAAUCUAUUCUUUUGACAUUUAAUUACCUCCACAAUCAAUGGAGAUAAUGGCUGGAAUAAAUCGAUAAAAUAAAAUAAUUUGCACAAA